AACUAUUUCGGUGGCCAGUCUGGGUGGAAGAACACAGCGCAGUGCCGCGCCGCCUCCCUCCCAAAGCCGGGACAGCGCAGGGAUCUGCGCUCCCGCCCGCGUGCUGAGGCUGGGACUGUCACUCAUUCUCCGAUCAGCUCCCGAAAGCAGCUCUGAAGCCCCUGGAUAAAAAUCAAACUAAUUUGUCCCAGCCGACAGAUCAACGGGGAGACCUGCAGAGAUAGGGCGGUUGGGCUCUCGCGGGCCAUUCCGGACGUUUUUUUUUUCCUUCCCCCCCUUUACCCCCUCCUUCCUCCUCGCCUGGCAUCUCCUGGGUUGACCCGCCCAGGUUCCCACCGAAGGGGGGAAAGCGAGCAGCCCGGCAUAAGCACAUCUGUAUCUGCCCAUCCAAGCAUCUAUGCAGCGCAACUUCCGCGGCGGGCGGCCGGUGACCAUGCUCCAAAGCACGGACCUCCUCUGGACUUGGCUCCUCCUGGGCACCGCAGUCUCCCUUCAGGUGAACAUUGUCCCAAAUAAGGUGGAGGUGCCUGUUGGAGAAUCCAAAUUUUUCUUAUGUCAAGUGAGCGGUGAUGCCAAAUCCAAAGAAAUCUUCUGGUUUGCCCCCAAUGGUGAUAAGCUGACAACAAACCAGCAGCACAUUUCUGUGGUCCGGUCCGAUGAUUCUUCUACUCUCACCAUCUAUAACGCCAACAUAGAGGACGCCGGCAUCUACAAGUGUGUGGUCUCCAGUGAGGAAGGGGAGGAAGAGGCCACUCUUAAUGUGAAGAUCUUUCAGAAGCUGACCUUCAAACAUGCCCCCAGCCCACAGGAGUUCAAAGAAGGAGAAGAUGCAGUUAUUAUCUGUGAUAUUGUCUCCUCGCUGCCUCCUACGAUUAUGUGGAAGCACAUGGGCAGGGAUGUGGUCCUGAAAAAAGACGUGAGGUUUGUGGUGUUGAGCAAUAACUACCUCCAGAUCAGAGGGAUCAAGAAAAGCGACGAAGGCAUGUAUCGCUGUGAGGGGAGGAUCUUGGCACGGGGAGAGGUGGACUUCAGGGAUAUCCGGAUCAUUGUGAAUGUGCCUCCCACCGUUCGCUCUCGGCAGGGGACGGUCAACGCCACUGCCAACCUCAGCCAGUCGGUCAAACUGGUGUGUGAGGCUGAUGGCUUCCCAGAGCCCAUCAUCAGCUGGACCAAGGACGGAGAACUAAUAGAACGAGGGGAGGAUGAGGAGAAGUACGGCUUCAGUUAUGAUGGCUCUGAGCUGACCAUCCACAGGGUGGAGAAGAACGAUGAGGCCGAGUAUGUGUGUAUCGCUGAGAAUAAAGCGGGAGAGCAUGACGCCACCGUACACCUCAAAGUCUUUGCAAAGCCUCAGAUCACCUUUGUGGAGAACAAAACUGCAAUGGAGCUGGAAGACCAGAUCAUUCUGACCUGCGAGGCCUCUGGCGAUCCCAUCCCCUCCAUCACUUGGAGGACCUCUUCCCGAAACAUCAGUAGUGAAGAGAAGGCUUCAUGGACCAGGCCCGAGAAACAAGAGACCCUAGAUGGACGCAUUGAAGUCCGCAGCCACGCCCGUGUGUCUUCCCUGACCCUGAAGGAUAUUCAGUACACCGAUGCUGGGGAGUACACCUGCAUAGCCAGCAACACCAUUGGGCAAGACUCCCAAGUCAUGUACUUAGAAGUUCAGUAUGCCCCAAAGUUGCAGGGCCCUGUUGCAGUUUACACCUGGGAAGGUAACCCCGCAAACAUCACCUGCGAAGUCUUUGCUUACCCUAGCGCUGUCAUCUCAUGGUUCCGGGAUGGACAGCUGCUGCCCAGCUCCAACUACAGCAACAUCCGGAUCUACAACACACCAGCUGCCAGUUACCUGGAGGUGACGCCAUAUUCAGAAAAUGAUUUCGGGAAUUACAAUUGCACAGCAGCCAACCGGAUUGGCCAGGAAUCUUCCGAGUUCAUCCUUGUGCAAGCAGAUACUCCCUCUGCGCCUUCCAUUGAGAAAGUGGAGCCCUACUCCAGCACAGCCCAGAUCAAGUUUGAUGAACCGGAGGCCAGCGGGGGUGUCCCCAUCCUGUGGUACAAGGCCGAGUGGCAAGCUAUCGGGGAGGAAGACUGGCACACCCGAAUCUACGACGCCAAAGAAGCCAACACGGAAGGCAUCUUCACGGUCAUCGGCUUGAAGCCAGAGACCAUGUACGCCAUCCGACUGACGGCCAUCAACGGCAAAGGCACCGGGGAGAUCAGCCCCCUCUCCGACUUCAAGACGCAGCCAGUUCGCACCCCACCGCCACAAGGGGAGCCCAGCGCGCCAAAGCUCGAAGGCCACAUAGGAGAAGACGGAAACUCCAUCAAAGUGAACCUCAUCAAGCAGGACGACGGGGGCUCCCCCAUCCGCCACUAUCUCAUUAAAUACAGAGUUAAACAAUCUCCCGACUGGAAACCGGAAAUCCGUCUCCCUUCGGGCAGCGACCAUGUCAUGCUGAAAUCUCUCGACUGGAACGCGGAGUACGAAGUCACCGUCAUUGCAGAGAACCAGCAAGGGAAGUCUAAGCCAGCGCGUUACGCUUUCAGGACCUCGGCCCAGCCCACCAUCAUCCCAGCCAGCAGCACCCCAACAUCAGGACUGGGCACAGCAGCCAUUGUGGGCAUCCUCAUCGUCAUCUUCGUCCUCCUGCUGGUGGCCGUGGACGUCACCUGCUACUUCCUGAACAAGUGCGGCCUUUUUAUGUGCAUCGCCGUCAACCUGUGUGGCAAAUCGGGUCCCGGCGCAAAGGGGAAGGACAUGGAAGAGGGCAAGGCUGCCUUCUCGAAGGACGAAUCAAAAGAGCCCAUCGUUGAGGUGCGGACGGAAGAGGAACGGACACCCAAUCACGAUGGAGGCAAACACACAGAACCAAACGAGACAACCCCGCUCACUGAGCCAGAGCACCCUGCCGACACCGUGGCAGCCACAGAGGACAUGAUGCCGUCAGUGACCACAGUCACCACAAACUCUGACACCAUCACUGAGACUUUUGCCACUGCCCAAAAUAGCCCCACCAGUGAGACAACCACGCUAACCUCCAGCAUCACACUGCCAGACACUCCCAUACCCAAUGCCACUGCUGGGCCCCCCAGCCAGAGCACGCCUUCCAAAGCUGCCACGGCAUCUUCGCCUCCCCCGGCCUCGGCCCCCAAAGUGGCUCCCCUGGUGGACCUCAGUGACACCCCCACGUCCCCUCCGGCCACUGGCAAUCUAUCCUCCAAUGUCCUCAACCACCAGGGGGCGGUGUUGAGUCCCAGCUCCACCGCCAAGGGGCCCGAGGCUCCCAAGGGCCCUGCCGUUGCCUCCCCACCCUCAAAUCCAGCCAGCCUUCCAGCCUCAUCCGAGCCCAAGCAGGAGGCGGCCUCCAGUGCCAGAAGCCCAGAGAAGGAAGCCACCCAGUCCGGCACAGCAAAGAGUCCGACAGAGGCACCGAAGACCGCGGGGAGCCAGACAGGCGAGGUGGCCCCGGGGGGCACCAGAAAACCUCCUCAGAAUGAGGACUUUAAAAUGGACGAGGGGACCUUCAAGACGCCUGAUCUUGACCUUGCCAAGGAUGUUUUUGCCGCCCUGGGCACAGCGGCCCCCGUUGCCGAAGCCCCAGCCGUGGCCCCCGUGCCCACCCUGGAGACCUCGGCAUUGCCAGCGUCUGCCAAGACAGAGAAAAACGCUGUAGAAGAAAAGCCGUCAGUCCCCACCACAGACGCCAACAAGGCAGCAGCCCCUGCAGAAGUGAAGACGGUCCCCACCGAAGCCACACAAACAAAUGAAACUGAGAGCAAAGCAUGAUGGGGCACCCAGGCCAAAAGCAGAGCAGAUGGAAAUUUAAAAGAAAAAAAUGACAGAACAGCUUCACCUGAGCAUUUAAAACAGAAAAAAUACACAUCUCAUUCCUCUAGUGUCUUUGCCUUUUUUAAAUGAAAACAGACAAAAAAAAUGCAUACAAUGGGGAAAAUGUGUUUCGUUAUUGGGGGGGGUGUUUUUAUUAGGGCUUGUUUUUUUUUGUUUUUUGUUUUUGUUUGGGUAGGUUUGUAGAAAGAAUCUUACUUUCAUGUGCACUUGCUUUUAAGAGGAAAGGAACCCCCUCUUUUUUUACCCCUUCUACUACUACUUCGAGGACAGACGUCCUCGGUAGCACAGCAGAGAGUCUGUGCAAAACAUCUGUGCAGAGGUGUCAGUGAAACCAAACUAACUACCGCAAAUUUAGGGAGAAUCAGAAACAGAAUUAGCAAGGCGUGGUUGAGCAGAAUAGUACCGCCAGCCACAAAUCUUUUAUUUUUAUAUAUUCCAGCUAAGUGGAGAGACCGUUUCCUCCCUCUUUUUUCCCUGGUUGAUUUUGAAUUUCUUCUGGUCCCAAAGGUGCGUUCGUCCUCCCUAACUGACCCCUGUUCUCAUGUCUUGAAGCCUGGGGGCCCAGCCGCUCUUCGUCUCUGGGGGAACCCUUGGCAAUGAGCACCUCGGUUCAUUUCCCUGGGUUUCCUGGAAGAGGCUGCAGCUGAUGGCGCCCUUCGACUCCUUAGUUCUAAUUCCUAUCUUUGCAUUGAAGAAGGGAGACCGGUUUCAAAUCACAGUAUUCUCCGUUCGUUUGUUGGUUCUCUUCUGUCUUUGUGGGAGGGGAGGGGGUCCUUCUUGUUCAUUUGUUUUGCCAACAUUUUUUUUCUUCCAGUGUUUACAGUCAACAAAAUGUGUUUUUUUAAAACUUGUGUUUAAAAGUAUGUAAAAUAGCUGCCUUUUUAGAGAGAGAAAGAGAGAGUGAGAGAGAGAAAGAGAAAAAGAGAGAGAGACUGACCGAGAAACUAAAAUGCAGGCUAUAUAGAUAAUAGGUGGGCCAGCAUGCUUGCUUUGCAGAGGGAGACAUUUUAAAAUAUGGAUGUUUACAUAGAUGUUUUCCCUUUUAUCUUUCUUUAAUUAUUUUUAUUUUUAAUUCUUACUAAAGUAAGAAAAUCAAGUAACCCUCCCCUUUCCCUUGAUCCUUCUUUUGAUAGAGAUGGGUGAAUUAAGGGCCAGCUGGUCUCUUGGUCCAAGCUAGUUCCUUGAGAAACAUGCAGGAAACUCUAAGCACCCCCUUGAAGGAAGUAGAGUUUGGGAAGGCAGGAAUGUAGCCCCCCCCCCGAAGAUUUUACAAAGUGCUUGAGUUUAAGGGAGAAUAUCCCCACGUGGUGCUUAACCUACCCCCUAGAAUCCACAAAAGUUAACUUGGCCUGGGUGAUGCUCAAGUGGUUCCUUCUCAACCCUGUCCACUCGCAACAGAUUUUCCUGUAACCUUCCAGAGAGCACCUGGGAUGGGUCGCCUCCAGAAGAGCCGUGGGGACGUCCCUGAGACCCCCCCCCACCUGCUCUCCACUGAAAAAUAGGGAGAUUUGGAACAUUGGUAGGUCACCCACAUCCAGGUAGGGGGCAGCGGGGAGUGGCACCUCCUGCUGUUGAUAAACGGUUCCUUCCUAACUUAAUAUAUUUGAUGAAUUAUAUAUUGUGUUGAAUUUCAGGAGCCAGUUAAUCGUGGCUUGGCUUCGGAAGAAUAACCGUACUGUAAAUGCAAAUGUCACGAAGGCUGUUGGCCAAGUUGAACCUUGAGGGUACUUUUAUGGCCCUGGAAAGCAGCAUCCCUGGAGGUUUCUUGGAGUGCAGUCCAAAUGUAUGUAUAUAAAUAUGCCUAAGGCUAGGAUGUAAGAACUGUAAAUCUGUCUUAAAGAAUGUAUAGACUGAGGGCGCGUCUUGGGCUGGACCGGGCUGGCACAGACGCAGCCCGCCCCAAGCUCCAGCCCCCAAGGGUGGCCAGGGUCUGGUGGCGGAUCCGGUGGGUGUCCAUCCUGAUUCCUGGCCGGGGGAGGGUGAGAAGCCAUUCAGCAAGGGAUCCAAAGGCUUAGCUUGGCAGCCCCAGCAUUGCCCAGUCCCAUUCAAGACCUGUUUAGGAGAGCCGGUUUGGACUUUCCCAGAUCCAGGCAGUUAGAGCUGAGAUCUUCCUUAAAAAGCCAUUAGUGCAUCAAACGCGACCUUUGGCAGGGCGAGGGGGUUUUUGGCCAUUUGACCCCUUGGGGAAAGAAGCAGCUGGCUUAGGUAGAAGUCCCUGGUCUCUGCUGAUAGAGGAUGCAGUUCCUUCGGUUUGGGUGUCCUGGCUUACAUAUAGAUCCAUCCUCUCUUUGUAGGUAAAAUCCAGUUUCAGCCUACAGAGUCUUAGAUACGUAGUGAGACUCUCCUGUUUAAGGAACUUGCUGUGUUGGGAGGGAGCCGUGCAGUCAGUGGGGCCAAGGGCGCUGGCACUGCACAAUUUCUGAAUGUUACAAGCAAUCCCUUGUAGGACCAGGGUGCUUGUUUUGGCAUAACAAGAUGCUGCCUCCAAGGGCUGCAUCUGGCACAGGCAUGCUUUGUGAAAAGGCUCACGCGCAGACAGGUGGCCUUCCCUCCCCUGUUUUCAUCGCUCCAGGAGUGAAUGGUGUCAGCUUUCUCCUGGGCGCUAGCAGUUCCCUUGCCUAACGCAAAAACCUGGGCAAAAAGGGGUUUGCAAAAGGAGUGGGGGUUCUAGUUUGGAUCUACUGAUCUAGAACACCCUUAGGAAAUCGCCAGUGGUUCAAAAUACCCCAUAGCUGGGGUUAGAAUGCUGCUUCUUGUCAGAAUGUUAAGCGGACCGAAUAAAGCGUUCAACAGUCUUGACUGCUGUUUGCCGGAGUAGUGCUGUUUGAACCACAAGGGCUACUCCUGGGUUAUUGUAAGAGACUGGUAGGUGCAAACUCGGCAUUCACAAAUUUCUGCCAGGGUCUUGUGCCUAAAACUGUAAUUUAGCUUUUCAAAAAAAUAUUAUUCUGCAAAUGGGAAUGUGGAAAAAGGGAUAGAGAAGUGAAAAAGACAGCCCUUUUGUAAAAAAAAAAAAAUUGUUUUCAUUUUUUUUAAUCAUUAGAUCUGCAAGCUUGUGCACUGUGAGUGCGUGAAUAUCUUAAUGUGAAAUGUGUUCUUUGUCAUAGUAACGAUCUUUUUUUAAUCGAAGAAAGAAAAAAAAACCUUCAAUCUAGUUCGGAUGUGGAAAGUGUAGCAGGGAUAGUUUGGGUGAUCGAGAAAAAAAAAAAACAAAACCCGAAAGCAGACCUCUUGGGUUCAGGAGAUGUAAAAAAAAAAAAGAGCUGUUCUUGACCAGAGAGGAGUUCGUCUUUCAAUAAAUGUACAACCUGUGAAA